AUGAAGGAAGCACGCAUUGCUAAAGAUGUGGUCGUCACGUUCGAAGAAGUGCCUAUCCCCGAGCCGGAGGCGAACCAGCUUGUUAUCCGCGUCAUUGUUAGUGGAAGUAAUCCAAAGGACUGGAAACUACCAGAGAUGAUCCCGAAUUAUGUCGCAAACACUGGCGACGACAUUGCGGGCAUCGUGCACAAGGUUGGGAAAAACGUGUGGGAAUUCAAGGAGGGCGACCGUGUAGCGAGUUUCCACGAGAUGAUGAAGCCAAGUGGGAGUUUUGCCUCGUACGCGGUUGGAUGGCAGCAUACCACGUUCAAGAUCCCGGAUAACGUGUCUUUCGAGGAAGCUGCAACCAUCCCCCUCGCAGCAAUGACAUCCGCAAUCGGCCUGCACCAACGACUCGGGCUCCCCGCGCCCUGGACGCCCGCAAAAUCCCCCUCGCCGCUGGUCGUCUACGGCGGCGCCAGCGCAGUGGGCGGCUUCGCCAUCAAGCUCGCCUCGCUCGCAAACAUCCACCCCAUCAUCGCAGUCGCGGGCCGCGGCACCGCGUUCGUAGAAACGCUGCUCGACCGCUCCAAGGGCGACACCAUCGUCGACUACCGCAAGGGCGACGACGCCGUCGUUUCGGGCAUCCGCGACGCGCUCAAGGGCCAGAAACUGCACUACGCCUAUGACGCCGUCAGCGAGCACAACUCGUACCUCAACAUCGUCAAGGUGCUGGAAGCGGAUGGUCGGCUCACGGUUGUGCUGCCCGGCAGGCCGUAUGAUGGUGUGCCUGAGACGGUGCAGAUGACGCAGACUAAGGUCGGAGAGGCGCAUGCAGGGGAUAAGGAUUUCGCGUAUGUUAUGUAUAGGUAUAUGGCUCGGGGGAUGGCGGAGGGCUUCUUCAAGGCGCAUCCGUUUGAGGUUAUUCCAGGGGGACUGGAGGGCGUGGAGAAGGGGUUGAGGAAUUUGAAGGAGGGCAAGGCGAGUGCGGUUAAAUAUGUGUUUAAGAUUGGGGAGGAGAAAUCGUAG